AUGACGUAUCCCAUCCUGUGCGACGUGCGGUACGAAACGCUGCAUCACGUCCUCAGACACCGGCCCCUGUGGACACAGGUGCUCCUCAGCCUCGUCCUCAACCGCAUCGUUGACCUGUUCUUCAUGGUACCUCGGCCUGGCGGGGGCUUUUCUUCCCGACGGGAGGGGCCAAAUCUCCGCAGUGGUCUCAUCCCCGUCGGUCUCGGCCGCUGCAUUGCCGUGGUGCUGGUGUGGAGCGGCCUGGCGGGCGGCGACCUCGAGUACUGCGCCAUCCUGGUAGGCCAUCAACUCGGUGCUGCAAAUGGUCCUGUUCGCGCCCCAUGGCCGUCUUCUUCAUUCGCGUCGUCGGGCAUGGUGACGGCGACGGCGACGGCUGGGCCUCUGAUCGAGGUUCCCGUUUUGGUUGGACUGGUGUAUUUGGCGGGAUGGAUUGGGUGCCGGUGGAAAUGGGAGGCGUGA